UUCUCGUACUUUCUGUAGGCUAAGGUUCGGGAGUUAGCCAGAUAAGCGAGGCUGCUGGCCGGCUAACGGAAAGUUUCGAGUUUUGAAGGGUUUCAGUAAUGCGGCAGUGUCCGUUCACGGAAAAUAAGACGGAUUCUGGCAAAUUGGGACCGCUGUGUUUGUGGCAGGUUCCUAUACAGACUUUUGCUAGUUUGAAAUUACGAACUAACCUUGUAGCUAUCAUUAGUAGCAUAGCUAGCUAGAUUGCUAUUUUAAGUGCUCGGUAGAUAAAACAUCCGAAUGGAAACGACAGCUGCUUAAUACAGGAGCUACAAUUCAAUGAUAGCUAGCAGCUUUAGAAAGGCCUUGUAAUGGGUAAAGAUUACUACAAAAUCUUGGGCAUACAAAAGGGUGCUUCCGAUGACGAGAUCAAGAAAGCGUACAGAAAGCAGGCGUUGCGAUAUCACCCAGACAAAAACAAAUCUCCAGGGGCAGAGGAUAAAUUCAAGGAGAUCGCCGAGGCUUACGAUGUCCUGAGCGACGCGAAAAAGAAGGACAUUUAUGAUCGAUACGGCGAAGAUGGGCUUAAAGGCCACUCUGGAGGUGGCACCGCCAACGGCCCCAGCUACACUUUCCAUGGAGAUCCGCACGCUAUGUUUGCAGAGUUCUUUGGUGGCCGCAGUCCAUUUGAUCAGUUCUUCUCCCACGGAGGCGAUGAAGAUAUGGACAUUGACGACCCUUUUGCUGCUUUUGGCAUGGGCGGCAUGGGUGGCUUUCCAAGGUCCUUUAAAUCUCGUGUCGGGGCCUCCCACGGCAGCCGAGAGAAAAAGAAAGACCCGCCAGUCAUACACGAGCUCAGAGUGAGCUUGGAGGAGGUGUUCUCCGGCUGCACCAAAAAGAUGAAGAUCUCCCGCAAGCGGCUCAACGCCGACGGCUGCUCAGUUCGCACGGAGGACAAGAUCCUGACCGUGGAAAUCAAGCGAGGUUGGAAGGAGGGGACCAAGAUCACCUUUCCCAGGGAGGGAGACGAGACGCCCACCAACAUCCCCGCUGACAUUGUGUUUGUCGUCAAAGACAAGACGCAUACACUGUUUCGUAGGGAUGGCUCUGAUAUCAUCUACCCUGCUAGGAUAUCCCUCAGAGAUGCGCUGUGUGGCUGUACAAUCAGCGCCCCUACGCUGGACGGCAGGUCCAUCACGGUGACGUCGCACGAUGUCAUCAAGCCUGGAAUGAAGAAGAGGAUUGUGGGUGAGGGCCUGCCCCUAUCCAAAUGCCCUGAGAAGAGAGGGGACAUGGUGCUGGAGUUCGUGGUGAAAUUUCCAGAAAAACUGUGCCCGAGCACUCGUGACGCUCUGCUGCAGAUCCUGCCUCAGUGACCCCGUCAUCAUGGUCUCCAGAAGGAGAGGCUUCACCCUACCACUUCAAUACAUACUCCCACGUACUGCAGUUGGAACGGAGUGUAUGGGAAACGUUUUCUUUUUUUAAAUAUAGAAAUCUAUUAACCAUGUUUGGUGUACUUUUCGCAUCACUGUGAGACCCUUUCCGAAGUACCGUAGUGUCGGACACCCUGAAAAAAGUGUUGAGUGCGAUAUGUUCAGAUACCUCAUGGCACAGAACUGGUGCAGCUGCCUUCUUUUGUCUACUUACCACACCAGGUUCUGUCAGAGUAGGAACAACAGCGAUAUUUUUUUUUUUCUUGUUUGCAGCUUAUUUAUGUUUCUGACACCAAUGGACUAAACCGUGAAUAUCUUUUUUGUUUUUCCCUCCCUCUUCACCACGAACAUUAGUGACCAUCCGUUCCGUGCGGGUGCGACACCGCUGCGAAGCACGAUCCAAGGAAGGGCAGGAGUUCUGUUACCUGAACUUGGUCCUGUCAAACCAAGAUUUCCAAAAGGAGCCUUGGGUCCCUUCUCCCAGUGCUUUCACAGGUGUCUGUUGUGUGGUGGGCCUGUGUAUUGAGCAUGGCUCAGGAAGUUUGAAACAUGCCUGAAUGUAGCUUUUAAACAGGUUGAGUGUAAUGCGCCUACUCCUUGGAUUCCCUGCCAUUAUUUUUUUUCAAAUUUGUGUUGUACUUUAGCAGAUCAUAGCUGAACUAAUUUUGGGUGCUCAAGAUGAACCUAAAGGGUUUGUAAAGGCAAUUGUAUAGCUGUUGACUGAAAAUAAACUUGAGGUCUUAUUUUUUUUAAGACAACCUAUUCAUGAGACUACAGUGAAUUGGGAUAGAAGCUUAGCAGGAAGUGUGUGAAUGCGAAGAUUAAAGGAGCUUUAUCACUUGUACAGUAUCUUUUAUUGAUGAUGUGUCUGAUUAUUUUCCAUCUCAUUUACAGAAUUCUUUUACUAGGUUUAAAUAAUUUGUGCUAAAUGUUUUGUUGACUGCAUGUGUGUGGAAGAGAUGAUGAAAUGCAUAAAAUGUAGAAAUGCAUACCAGAGUGUCUUUGCAAGAAUUAAGUGGUUCAUGGUUAGUAAAACUCAGAUUCUGCUAUUUCCAAAAAA